AACCAAAAAUGCCCUAGACUGUCCCAAAAUCUCAUGGUUUUCUUAGUCUCUAAGCCCUCUGGCGACGUCGAGGGGGCCCGUCCCGAUUUCUGCUCACAAUUCCUCGGAUCUCUGCCGCUUGCAAUGGCCAACGGCGAAGACGAUGACCACCAAUUUGGCGUCCUUUUGUACUACAAAUACGCCCAAAUUCCCGACCUUGAUGACCUUGUUUCCUUCUACAAAUCCAAUUGCAUCUCCCUCGGCCUUGUCGGCCGUGUCCGCCUCGCUUCUCAGGGCGUCAACGUCACUGUUUGUGGGAAGUUAUGCUCGUUGAAGAGUCAUAUUGCUGUAAUGAAAUUGAAUAGCUUGUUUGAUGGAACUGAUUUCAAACUUGCAUCGUGUCACCAACCCAUGAAUGACGUUGUGGCGAGAGAAUGUGGAUUCACUUCUCUGUCAGUUCGAGUUGUCCAAGAGUUGGUCACUCUUCGUUCAAAUCCUGUAAUGAAGUUACCUGAAAUUACAGAAGCUGGAACCCAUCUCUCUGCUGCUGAAUUUCAUUCUGUUCUUGGGAGUGCUGGGCUACUUUCAGAUGAAAAGAAGCGGAUACAUAGUAAAGACGUUGUUCUUUUGGAUGCAAGGAAUUUAUAUGAGACUAGAGUUGGGAAGUUUAAAACACCAAACAUUGAAACACUGGAUCCAGAAAUUAGGCAGUAUAGUGAUUUGUCAUGUUGGAUUGAUGAUAAUUCUGAAAAGUUGCGAGGGAAACAAAUUCUUAUGUAUUGCACUGGCGGAAUCAGGUGUGAGAUGGCUUCAGCAUAUAUUAAGUCAAAGGGAUCUGAAUUUCAGAAUGUCUUUCAGUUAUAUGGUGGAAUACAACGUUAUUUGGAACAAUUUCCCAAUGGUGGAUUCUUUUCAGGAAAGAAUUUUGUGUUUGAUCACAGGAUAUCAGUUGGGAGCUCAACGGAAGAUAUCAUAGGAACCUGCCUUAAUUGUGGAGAUCCCUUUGAUGAUUAUUCUUCUCGCUGUCGGUGUAAAUAUUGUCGAAUGCUUGUUUUGGUGUGUGAUAAUUGCCAGAAGAAGAACACCCUUUAUGUUUGUGAGCUCUGCCGGAAGAAUGGCAAGGAUGGCGGGCCGAUUUCACAAUUCCAGAGCACAAAGUUGGAAGUAGUUUCACAGCAAAGUGAUCACGAAAUUGGUUCCCAGCAACUUCCUUGGAGUAAUGGUAAGGUUUGUAGGUCACCAAGAAAAUUGAGAGUCCUAUGUUUGCAUGGAUUUAGACAGAAUGCUUCAAGCUUUAAAGGAAGAACGGCAUCAUUGGCCAAGAAACUCAAAACCAUGGUGGAGUUUGUGUAUGUCGAUGCACCUCAUGAGUUAUCGUUUAUUUACCAUCCCCGAGACCGGGAAACUUGUGUGACUUCUUCGGUACAACCAAAUUGUCCUCCACCAGUAGAGCAUUGCAAGAAGAAGUUUGCUUGGUUAAUAGCAGAGGACAUUACAGGUAAAGGGAGUGAAACAAAAUGGGAAGUUGCAGAUGCCGUAUUUGAUCCACUCCAGUACCAGAAACAAACUGAUGGAUUUGAAGAAUCAUUCGCGUAUUUGAAGACUGUAUUUUCUGAGAAAGGACCAUUUGAUGGGAUCUUAGGGUUUUCACAAGGAGCAGCAAUGACUGCUGCAGUUUGUUUGAGAAAAAUGAGUGUAAAGGGUGCGGUAGACGUUCGAUUUGCAGUGGUGUGUUCGGGGUUUCCUCUUCAAAUACCGGAGUUGGAGCAUGGAGUGAUCAGCUGCCCCUCACUUCACAUAUUUGGUAGUGAUCAGGGAAAUGAUAGGCAGAUCGCGAACAAAAUGAGCAGAGACCUUGCUUCUUGUUUUGAUGCAGGUUGUUCUGUGAUAAUCGAACAUGACUCUGGUCAUAUAAUUCCUACUCGACCUCCCUACAUUGAUGAGAUAAAAGCAUUCCUUCAACGUUUUCUCUAAUUGGAUUCAUGAGUGAGAUCGAGUGAUUACUUAACAUUAGGUAUUUGAUUAUACAAGGGAUUGAUUGAUUACCUUCGAUAUCCAUGGAAGGUUGGUUGAUACACUCUUGAAUUGCAAUGCUACUUCUGCUUCAUAGUUCAGUUCAUUGUCAAGUUUCUA